AUGACGGCAGAAUCAAAUUCCACUUCUAUGACUUUUUAUCAUGAAAACGCGGUCGAAGACUGGACAUAUGCAAAGUUAACAGAACAUUAUCGUGCGAAAAUGAAAGAAAAUCAGAGGAAACUACUAGAUUCUAUAAAGAAAGAUCUACAGAAGGUGGUGAGGUCGGUUUCUGAAUUUGACGAGACGCGUAGACAUAAGGCUCAAGAAAUUCUUGACCAUUGGAAGAAUUGGACCGCACAGAAAGAGAAAUUGAAAAGUUCCAACCCGGCUUCCAACGUGCAACUGCAAGUAAAAAAGGUAAAACAACUUAAUAACUUAUCUGGUUAUUCUGCAACUCAAAAUAUCGACAAUCGUCGUACAACUUCGGGAAAAAGACAACAAGGUGUUGACAAUGGAGAAGAAACGGUAUAUUCUGAAAUCCCUUCGGCCCUAUCAAAAGAGGGAGAAUCUUUGAUCUGCAGAUCACCUCGAAAAAAGAAGCGUGUUUCCUAUAUUGAAGUGGAUGAAGAAGAGAAAUCUGAGAUAGUGGAGAGAGUAAGUAGUACUGCUUCGCAAUCAGCAGAUAACAAUAGAGCCGAAGGAUCUACGAGUCCUAAUUUUUCAAGAUCACGUACGAGAAAUACGUCACCAUCAUCAAGUUCGCAAUCUUCUGAGAAAACCACAAAAGGUCCCUCCGCACCUGCAUCUGAUAAUGAAUCACACAAAUCGCCUGCUGACGAACAAAUCGAUGAAACAAUAGAAAUAAGGAGUGAUGAUCUAGAAGAACUGGAAAAUCAAAUAAUAUUCAGUUCCUUUACGCUAAGUGAUAAUAAUGAAUUAGGUGAAAAGGCUAGACGCAUAUUUAAUUACAUUAAAGACGAGCUUCCACUGAUGUCAAAACGAAAAGAAACCGAAAACAAGCACUGCGUUUAUUACCUAGAUCCAUUCAUAAAAAUUAUUUUUGGUGGAGAAUAUACACCAUACACUCUAGAAUUAAAUAAAAGCGUAAAUGGAAAACAAAGGCCAGAUUUUAGCUGUGUGAUUGACAACAUCGCAGUAUUAAAUUCCGAAAUUAAGCCUUUGGGGUACACUCAGUAUAGGAAAGACCAAGAUUUCGUAAAAGUACACCUUAAAGGAAAGAAAUCAAUAAACCAGUUACUAGAGAAGGGUGGACCUAAUAAGUCGAUUGCUUUUUUAAACAUGGGAGACACUGUAGAAUCUUUUGUUAUUGACUUAGCAUAUGACGGUCAUGGCCAUCAACAUGUUAAUGAAAUCAUAAACGAUUAUGAAAAUCGGCCACCACCGGGUUCUUAUACACCACCUGAACAAGUUGAAAAUGUGAAGUUUAUUAGGAAAAUGCCGACCACUCCACAGCUCAAAUUAUUAUUGAAACAAUGA